AUGUAUCUCUGGAAUAGGGCAGCUAUUGCCAAACACUGGUGGGAUAUUGCUCACAAACAGGACAAGAUGUGGAUCAGGUGGAUCCACUCUUACUAUGUUAAACAACAGCACAUGGACAGUGUACCGGUGCCAAAGCAAGCCAGCUGGAUGGUGAGAAAGAUGUUCGAGGCAAGACCUUUAGUAGCUAACAUGCAAAUUCAGCCUACAGGUAAAAGCAUGAUUGGACAGAUCUACCAUCACGCUCUUACUGCUAGAUCUAAAAUGCCAUGGAAGUGUAUCAUGUACCAAAAUGUUGCAAGGCCCAAAGCAACUUUUACUAUGUGGCUAUUGCUACUGGAUAGAUUACUAACUGCAGAGAGACUAAGUAAAUGGGGGAUAAAAGUGGAUACGAAAUGUUGUUUCUGCCAGAAAUACGAUGAAACAAGGGAGCACCUCUUUGUACAAUGUGAGUAUGCUAGACAGGUAUGGACAAGAGUGGGACAAUGGAUGCACAUACAAAACUUUCCUCCUACCAACUGGAUUCAACAUCAGCAGUGGCUCAUAAUCAAUUCCAAGGGAAAGUCGCAGAAUGCUCAAGUAUUUAAAAUGGUCAGCACUGAAGUUACAUACGCCAUAUGGAUGGAGAGGAACUCGAGGUUGUUUGAGAAACAAAGUAGGUCCUGGGAAGCAAUAGCAAAAGAGAUAGUAUAUGUCGCCUGUGUUAGAGCUAAUCCUAGAAUUUUCGAUGUAAUUCAUAGUUUUAUAUUCUAG